AUGAAAAGCUGGUUAGAUGGAGCCGAUGAAGUCCCGAAAGAACAGCGUAUCGGCAAGGAUUUGCAUAAAGAAUUGGCUCGGUGCGCCAGCAAGGUCUUCUACGCGCAAGGAAAGUUGGUUGACAUCACUGGUCCAUGCCGAAUUAUUGGUGACAUCCAUGGACAUCUGGAUGCUCUAAUCAAAAUAUUUGAUACCUACGGAUGGCCGGAGAAGACAAAAUAUGUCUUUCUUGGUGACUACGUCGAUAAAGGCCCAAAUUCAUGCGAAACAGUCGGCCUCCUGUUUGCCCUGAUGCUAAAAUACCCAGGCCAGGUGACGCUACUGCGUGGAAAUCACGAGUGCCCGAGCAUCAGCAUGAAUUAUGGAUUCUUGCAUGAAUGUAUGACCAAGUACUCCUACGGUACGUGGCUUACGUACUGUCGAGCCUUUUCCAAAAUGCCGGUGGCCGCAGUUGUCAACCGGAAAAUUUUCUGCUGUCACGGGGGUCUUUCCCCAAAUUUGAGGCAACUCGCCGACAUCAUGCACCUUGGCGAGCCAAUGUCAGUACCGGCCAAGGGCCUCUAUACGGAUCUGCUUUGGUCGGACCCCAAAUCAGGACUGCGAUACUUGGCGAAGAAGCCCGCGUGGAAUUUCCUAGCUCAAAACAACUUGGAAUUGGUGGUGCGUGGACAUCAGUGCACUCCGCUUGGCUACUUCUACGACGAUACGAUGAAAACGGUCACUUUGCUUUCCGUGCCGGACUUUGCCGGUCUGACGAACGAUGCGGCGAUUAUAUCGAUUGUUCCGGAAGAUCAAGCCUUGAAAUGGAGCGUGGAAAUCACGCACGGAAGUUCCGGUCAAGAGAACAAACCCUUCACACUCACCAUC